GUAUGUGCUGAAGAAAAUUCGUCUAGCGAAACAGAAUGACAAGUUCAAGAUCACAGCAUACCAGGAGGGCUGAGAUGAUAAGGAGAACAAGAGGAGUGUUCUUCUCAGAAGAAAGGCUUUGGAAAUGGCUGGCUCAAUUGUUGUUAGCCCUCAACUAUCUUCAUUCCAACCACAUUCUCCACAGGGAUCUCAAAUGCUCCAACAUUUUCCUAACCAAGGAUGAUGAAAUCCGACUAGGUGACUUUGGCCUGGCAAAGAUGCUUAACCAGGAUGAUCUUGCGUCUUUGGCUGCAGAGCUCCUAAGGCAUCCACAUUUGCAUCCCUACCUGUGGCAAUGCCGUGAUCUGCCUCCUGCAUUUCUUCCACUACUGCCUGCUGAGGACUUGAAGGCAAAACCCGUCGUGACUACAAGACGGCGUCUCAAGCAUGCAUCAAUGAAUACCCACAAAGUGGCAAUGGAAAGACAAGAAAAACCCGUUGCAGAGAGAGUUCAUGUGGCAGCUAAACAAGUUGCAGAGGUGAAAGCGACUGCAGACAGUAAUUGUUUCCCAAAUCUUGAAAGUAGGAAGGUAGAACUGAGUGGUUCUACGGACCAAAUCUCCAAAAAGGAUGAAUGUUCAAGAUUAAUAAGUAAAGCGGCAGAAAAGAUUUCCAGGAAACCACAAAGCCAACCUACCCAAGAAGGAGGCAGGUCAGAAGAAUUGAAGAAAACAGAGAAUGAAGACCGUCACAAGAGGACGGAAAGCGGCAUUUCAGUAACGGGCAGCCCGAAUUAUCUCAAGGGAAACAACCUAACAAGAAUAAAAUGGAGCGAGUUGGGUAAUGAAAGAGCAGAAGCCCUGGAAUCACUUCUAGAACUUUGUGCAGACCUUCUCAAGCAUGAAAAGCUGGAAGAGCUUGCAGGCGUUUUAAAACCAUUUGGGGAAGAUGCUGUUUCGUCAAGAGAAACAGCCAUCUGGUUGACGAAGGGGCUGAUGAAUCUUCAGAACGAAGGCCACUGGGAAUAUUAAAGAGAAAUUAAAUACUAAAACAUAAUGCCUUUCUUGAUAUAGGACCGUAUGUUUUUAUUUCCCAAUGUAGAACCUUUGGUCAUUAUCAAGUAGUCAUUAUUUAACGAAAUGUUCAUCAUUACUGGACAUUAUUUCUUCCACAUGGUCAUUAUUAAGUCAUAUUUAGGGAAAAAAAAGUUUAAGUCCUACAUUGGGAAAGUCAUUAUGUUUUAGUCAUAUUUAGUGCAAAUUUCACUUAAAGGCUUUUGUAGGUUUUGCUUCAACCCUGAGAACAAUAGAGCAUUGCUUGUAGCAUGUAUGUAUUGGGAUUACUCCAUAAUAACUACUCUAGACCUGG